UUCAACAUCUACGAGCCCUGAAAAUGAAGUCUUUCGCUGUCGUCGCUCUCGCUUCCGUGGCUCUUGCCGCUCCUAAUUGCGAUAUUAGUACCAUCGACAAAUGUCUGAAGAAAGCGUUGCCAUACUCGAAUCGGACGAGCCUCGGCGUGACCCCUGAAGAGAUCGAAAAAGAGUGCAAGUGCGACCGAGAGGCUAUCGCUUGUCUCCUCGACUACGCCGAGUCCGGCUGCGUCAAGGGAGACACUGAACUCGCUUUGAGGAUCACAAUCCGCGGAGCUGCCGAAGAGAGCGCCCUCCGCUGUCAGAAGGGAACUGCGAGGAACGCCGAUUAUUUGAAAUACGUUUCUUGCGUCAACAAGGCCGGUCCCAAACUGAACAAAUGUUUCCGCGAUACGACGAGCUACAUUGAAACCGCCGGCCGCGGUGGAGUGGGAACUGGGCUUCCUCAGGGCUGCUGUGCCUUAGGACGCCUCUCCACCUGCAUUGGCGGAGCCGCCGCUGCUGAAUGUGGAGCCGAUGCCGAAAUGUAUGUGAAGAACGUUUUCACAGGAAUUCUCGGAAACUUCCUCGAUAAGAGCUGUGGUGCCUACCAAGCAAUGUCUGAGAAGUGCCAGUCUAUUGAAAUUCUCAAGACCGAGGGAGAGCCUAAAUUCUUCACGCCGGUGGGCGCUUUCUUCGAUAUUGUGAAGAACGAGAUGUGAGGUCGAGGUUGAGCACGGAGAUUAUUUAAUAAAUUAUUCUGUGUGGAU